GCACAGUACAGGUGGGUGGCAGGAGGAGGAAAUCUCAAACAGGAAGCUGUAAAAGGUGGGCAAUUGUUUUCCUCGGAAUCAACGAAAACACGACCACAUAGUGUACGAGGUCCAAAAGGUAGAGGGAAAUGGGGGGUAAGCGGGUAAGACCCCACCAGAGGAGUGAUGUGUAUGAUGAGUACAGUAGCAGGGACAGAGACUACUCAAACGAUGGACACCACCAACCAUAUGAUGGCAGAGAUCGCAACCAAAAGCCAAGAGACAUGGAUGAGAGAGGCUCUGCUGGUGACAGGAGGGCCAAACAAAACAGACAGAGGGACAUGACAACUGCCUCUCAUGAGGAGCCUGAUUACAGAGACCACGGCCAUGAAGGACCCUCAAGACUGUCCAGAGAGACUACAGUCUCUCACUCUGAAGGGGAGUAUUAUGAGCAUCAACACAGACAAGCUCUUUACAAUCUCAGAUACAUCUUAACCAGCAGAGGUCUUUGCCAGCUGAUGGAGCUGUUUGUGAAUCUGCUUGUGGUCAUCUGUGCUGGACUGCCAUACAGCAACAACGGGGGCUACCGGGACCUGGCCAGCCUCGGUGGAAUCUACUAUUAUCACUUUGGUGGAGCCAAUGCCUUCACUGGAGCCGAUGCAGACAGGGUGAAGGAGCUGGACCAACUGUUCCACCAGCUCAAGCGACCUCCCUAUGUCUUCACCAUGGCCUGUGGUGGAGUUUUAAUGAUCUACGCAUGUGCCAUGCUGGCCCUGGGGAUUUUCAGGGUCCCUUACCGCUGGCCCCCUGUGCUGCUUGGGGAGGCUCUGCUGAACCUCCUGAUCGGCCUGGGCUACAUCCCUGCUCUGGCCUUCUACUUUAUUAAGCUGCAGGAAACCUACAAUGAUCCUAUCUGUACAGAGAGAGCGCAGAUGUACAAAAGCAAAGGGCACAAGGGCUUUGAUUGCCAGUUUCAUGGUGCAGAUAUUGCAGUUGGUCUCUUUGGGGUGCUCGGGGUGUUUGUUUUCAUCUUCGGUGCAGUUUUGGCUGUUAAAGCUUUCAGGUCUGUGCGGGAGCUAAAGAAGCAAAGAACAAAUGAGGACAACAAUUUUUAAGACUUUUCUCCUUGGCACAUUUGAACAAAAGUGGGAUUGAUGAGAAAUCCCUCUGACGAGACGACACAAGUAGUUUGUCAUAUACGUUGUUAUUAUGUUGUCUGGUUGAAUGUGAUUCUUUUUUUUAAAUCCACUUUUUAUACUUUUCCAGGUUACAUACAUGUGUACUGUGUCUGUUACAUCUUCUUUAAAUGUGUAGCUAUAAUAAACUACU